UGAUCUAAUCAUAUAUAUCAUACCCUCUCUUUUUUUUUCCUAAAAGAGAGAGAGAGAGAGAUGGGAACUAUUUCACCAAGCCCAGAUCAUGUAUAUCAGGGAGAAGUUGCCAACAAAAACGUUACCCAGAAAACUGAUCAUCAUCUUGAUAAAGAACUAGAUGCUGGUGCUCGUUUUGUUCUCAAAUCCAAAGGAUCAUGGGUGCACAGUGGAUACCAUUUGACAACUUCAAUAGUAGCUCCACCUCUGCUAAGUCUGCCAUACGCCAUUGGAUUUCUGGGAUGGGCGGCUGGGAUUGUGUGCUUGGUGAUCGGUGCUCUGGUCACUUUCUAUUCUUAUAACUUAAUCUCUUUGGUUCUCGAACACCAUGCUCAACUGGGUCGUCGUCAUCUCAGGUUCAGAGAUAUGGCUCAUGACAUUUUAGGGCCUAAAUGGGGUCGCUACUACGUUGGGCCUAUUCAGUUUAUGGUUUGCUACGGUGCUGUUGUUGGCUCUACUCUACUAGGAGGACAAUGCAUGAAGGCAAUAUACUUGUUAUCAAACCCAAAUGGGGAAAUGAAACUAUUUGAAUUUGUGAUCAUAUUUGGAUGCUUUAUGCUGAUUUUGGCUCAAAUCCCAUCUUUUCACUCUCUCAGACACAUCAACUUAGUCUCACUGCUUUUGUGCCUUGCCUAUAGUGCAUGUGCCACUGCCGGCUCCAUUCAUAUUGGAAAUUCAUCAAAGGUGCCAAAAGAUUAUUCUCUCAAAGGUGAUACUGAGAACAAAAUUUUUGGAAUCUUCAAUGCCAUUGCUAUCAUUUCCACAACAUAUGGGAAUGGUAUCAUCCCAGAAAUUCAGGCUACAUUAGCACCACCAGUUAAGGGAAAAAUGUUCAAGGGGCUAUGUAUUUGCUACACUAUGGUGAUUGUGACAUUCUUUAGUGUUGCUAUCUCUGGUUAUUGGGCAUUUGGGAACCAAGCUGAGGGCCUAAUCCUUAGCAAUUUCUUAGACAACGGCAAACCUUUGGUCCCAAAAUGGUUCAUUCUCAUGACCAACAUCUUCACCAUAAUGCAAUUAUCAGCCGUUGGCGUGGUUUAUCUACAGCCCACAAAUGAAGUUCUCGAGAGAAGUUUUGGAGAUUCAUCGAGCGCAGAGUUUUCUGCUCGCAAUGUCAUCCCAAGAUUGAUCGCUCGGUCGCUAUCUGUGGUCAUGGCGACCACCAUAGCAGCCAUGCUUCCAUUUUUCGGGGACAUCAAUGCGGUGAUUGGGGCAUUUGGUUUCAUGCCACUUGACUUCAUCUUACCUGUUGUGUUCUUCAACGUGACAUUUAAGCCUUCGAGAAAAAGCCUCGUUUUUUGGUUGAAUAUCUCCAUAGCAGUCGUUUUCUCAGCUUUGGGGGUUAUUGCUGCGGUUGCUGCAGUCAGACAAAUAAGCCUUGAUGCCAAAACUUAUCGCUUAUUUGCAAAUGUAUGAUCUUAUCUUGUAAUUCACAUGUAUGUAGCACUAAAUAUCUGUACCAUAUAUACACAUUUAUUCGAUGCAAUCUCAUAAAUUUACAUAUCUAUAUCA